UCUCUCGGCUGUGGCUUGUCAGAAUUCUAACGAAACGAUGUAGAACACAUCGCGUUGCGCGUAAUAGUUCCGGAAUUUGAAUUCUUCAUUCGUUCCUGUUGCGCUAUUCAUGAGUUCGUGUCUUAGCCAGGGUUUUUUUUUUUUUUUUUUUUUUUUUUUUCCAAGCUUCGUUGGUGUUGGCUUUAGAGGAGCAUCAGAACAGGGCCUUUUGGAUGUGCAUUUCCAGGGUCUAAGUUUAGCGUCUCAUGGUGUUGUAUUUACGGAGUUUCGGGAGUUGUCUGUUUCUUGUCUGUGGUGGCCGGGGCUAGUCCUCGCUAAUCUGUCUUGUGUUUAGCCUCCUGCUGCCCUGGCUCAUCAUCGAGCGCUCCAUACCCCCCCCCCUUUUUUUUUUCUUCUUCUUCUUCUUUUCCUUCGGCACCGGGUUCUCGUCUCAGCAGCGACAGUUAUUUCUUGAACUGCGUCGCGUUUCUUACUUCCGUUUAGGUUCUCUGGCGACUCAUCUGCACGCCGUGUGUAUUCCCUGAAGGCUCCCUGCCGCUGCCAGUCUUACUCACUUGGUUAAUUAAGUUGGAUGUUCUUCACUCGUUUCGGUUGCCACUUCGUUUUGUCCUUGGCAUGCUGGAGGUCAGUCGUUUCAGCCGCGCAUGGUGAAGUUUGUGCGGGAAACUGUAGUUGUUUUUGAAUGGAAUAGGGGGUUGAUGACCGGAGUGGAGCCAAGCUUACCAGUGCGAGAGGUGUCGGGGAUUUGAGAAUGAGGUGUAGAGCGGAGUGCGGAAGCUCGUGAAUGAGCAGGACGUGGAAGUUCAGUCCGUCCGCGUUAUCGGCUGCGCAUCAUUGCGAGUGCGGUUCUCCUCCCGCUUUCAAGAAAUAAGAGUGAAAAUUAUAAAAUAUUUGUUCAUAUAUUUUUAUUUUCCCACAGGCGUUUGUGAGUUUAGAGUUUGAAGUUUUGGUUCUUAAUUUCUGUAUUGUGAUCUUAGCUUUCAGAGCUCUGUUGUAGCUCUCGGCUAAAGUUCUCUGAGGCAGUUGAGCCUCCUGGUGCGUAUGGUUUCUUUCAUGCGUACAGGUCAGUUGUCCUUGAUCCUCGAGAAAUACUUAAAUGGCGACAUACUCUCUUCUCAAACGCCUUGUUUUAUAUUUUCUCCACUAGCUCCUUGGGUCUCAAUUGCCCCAUUAUUUCGGCUUCUCAUGUAUGCAAAACAUUGCAAGGUUUUGUAUUUUGUAGUUUUGUCCUCCCUCAACCUAGCUAUGAAUGGGGAUCUAUACUAGGAAGAGUUUUGAAGUAUUUUGAAACUCUUGAAAGGGACCGUGUUGAGUGAAUUAUGAAAGGUUACUCUCAUUGCUGCAAGCAUAGUAUAAAUUUGUUGUUACCAUGAAAUAGAGAAUGGUAGGGUUUCGGAGGGAUUAACAAGUGGGGGUUUAGAUGAUGAGGUGGGGGUUGUAGUGGUGCUUGGAGGUGGUGUGAGGGUGCACUCUGAAGGGACUUUCUGUGUCUACAGCAAUAAUCUUAUUACUGAUGACGAUGGUGAAGAAAACUGAUCGCGGUAUGGCGAUGGUAUGUGGGUUUGAUAGGUCAGUGUGUGUUUCCUAGCAGACUUCAUUUAGUUUGACUCUAGCAGUAAUGCAGCUGGCGAGCUGCCACCAUAACAACUUACAUGAAGGUAUAUCCAGUGAGACUGAUAGUGAUUCAAUCCUUUUCCAGGCUCCCAGAAACUCAAUUAUACGUAGGCCACCUAGCUUUUGGCGUAGAUGCGUCUCCUGCUGGUGCUGAUAGUGAUGUUUAUGAUAUCUUUUUAGUGGUCCCGUGGGGAGUCUCUUCUGGACUCUAAAUCAGAGUUUUCGCCAAGAAAUGGAAAACGCUAGGUGGGACAAGAACAAAGAACAGCCCCAGGGUUUCACUAAAGAGCAAAUGCUAGGGAUUCGAGAAGUCUUUGAUCUCUUCUGCACAGAUUCCUCUGGUUUACAAUUCGAAACCAUUUCAGUUGAUUUUUGUCUGAACAGAAUCAGGGUGGUAGUAGCUGAGUUCUGCAACUGUCACGUUGACCAACAACUUCACGUGCUUUUGUUUUGCAGGACCUGUUGUUGCAAAGAACUUGGUAGUGGCCUUGAGGUGAACCUGGAUCUGAGUGUUUGACGCUACGUUUUAGCUGAUUACACUAUUGUUUUUGUGGCAGAACUCUUGGAUUUGAACCAAAAGAAGAGGACAUCGAGAAGAUGAUUACUGAUGUUGACACUGAAAAAAGUGGUGCUAUCGAUUUUGAGGAGUUUUUACAAGUAGUAGCAUCUCAAAUGGGGGAGCGUGACUCUAGGGGUGAUUCCCCGACUUCAGCCCAUGGCAUAGGAUGGCUUAGCCCGCGAAUAUCUUUCUCAACUGACAUCGUGGAUAAGCCUGCAGUACGCGAAAUCGAGAGGAUUGGAACACCUGUGAAGGAAGACCAAAGGAAUGGUGAUGACCGUGCUCUUGAGUUUGAAUUCUGUAUGGGGUCAUCGUCCCAGGACCCUGUAUCCCGGAGCUGCAUGUUACCAGCGGAUGAGCUUUUUCACCAGGGUAGGCUUCUGCCUCAAAGUCAACAUCCUUUCCUUCCUCCAGAAGAUAAAGUUUCUGGAAGUUUUUCUGGACCGCUGGACUCGCUUAAAACACCCUUUGUUAAUGUUGCCCUGCCAUCUCAAAGGCAGCACAACUCGAGUAUCAGUAGGUCAGGUCCGUUGGCUCGGGAGGAAACAAUCUUUUCGGGAACUCUACACGGACUGCAGAAAAAUCAUUUGAGAUUUUCUGGACCCCUAGACAUGCGACCUGCUACUCCUUCACAACUUCCUGGACGCUUGGAUGUUGGGAAUGCAACAUCUUCAUCUGCUGUUUCUGUGGAAAGUACCGGGAAGCCGAAAUCCCAUACCUGGGAGAAGGUGAUUGGCCUCCUCCGAAGAGCACGCUCUGAUAGUCAUAGAGACCGGCUGUGUCCAGAUAAAGAACAGACGCUGCCUUCUAGCAAGCAGCCUACUUCAACACAAAAAAUUUCAGGCUCAGCUGCUAGCUCUCUCCGCUUGAUUUUUCGAAGGAAUUCGUCUUUAGACAAAAGUGCGAAAGCGAGCCCCUCAGAUCCUAAUUCAUCGCACAUGAAGUGUAGUGUCACGAAUCCUCCACCUCCAGAGCCUCACAAUACGUGGUUACCACCGCAGUAUGAAGCGUUUCAUCCUCCGCGUGCUCAGGCCAUUAGCAGUAAACCCGCUGGUUUAGCUGCUCUGCAUGUAGCGUCCCCAGUUUAUCCAACGUCGUCAGCUUCCGAGACGGACAGAGUGGAUAUGUGGAGUUAUUCUGCAACAGAGGUGGAUUUAAGACCAGUAUCUUUGAGGAAUUCAUGGAAAAUGCAUGAAACGGCGAGUUCGCUAGAAAUUACACUUGAUAAGUUUGAUAAGCUGAAUGUAACGGAUCUUAAAAAGAAGUCGGACAAGAGCUCUUGUACCACAGCGGCAGCAGCAAAUUCUACUCGAAUAGUUUUAAAGAAUCUGGAACGGUGCAGUAAUCCGGUAUCUAAGGGUGGUAAAGGACAAGACCAGCUCAGAGCUUUAAGAACAAGGGAGAUUCGCCGCAGUCCUGAGAGGUUGGCGUCGUAUACGUCGAGCGUGAGGGUUACUCCAGUACUGAAUGUUCCCGUGUGCAUAGCUCCUACCAUGCGCAGUUCAAAGGCUGCCAAAGGUCGGCUUGCCAAUCUACGGUCCUUACUAACUUUCAAGAAAGAAAAGGAUGAGAAGACUUUCCCAGACCCAGCGAUGGCUGCUUAGAUGUGGAUCACGUCAGGAGUCGAAUUGUGAAUUUGAGGAUACUAGGGCCUGCUGGAAAAGCUACCCACGUGAGUUCAUGGAAAUCAAGCUCCCGUAAUGGUCAAGGAACGCUUUUUGUAUAUAGUGGCCGCAGGUAUAGGGUGAGUUUAAGGAAUCAGGAAAGCAGCAUGUUCGAAUCUGCUCAUGUCUACACAAGUAGCGCUUCCUUGGUUGGUUCCGCAUACUUCUGUAGUGCAAGGUACCAGGUGAGAUAAUUCCUCACCCGCACUAAAAGCCAAUGGUUCUUAAUACCUUGGACAAUGGCGCUCCAUCAUCAGCAGUGGGGUUAGUCAGCUGUGACUUGAGGGUAUUGCUGAAGCUAGCGUCGCACAUCGACUGGUUCAAUGUUCCUUUUAGAUAAUUGUGAUUUUGGAGAUGCAGCGUCAACAUGAAGGCUCCGGGCUGUGAGGCAGAGAAGUGCUCUUCUUUUCGUUGUGCUAGGCCCUCUUUUGUGAGCGUUUCCGCUUCUUCGCACGAAUGCAGGACUAUCUUUCAUCCAUCUCUACAAGGCUUUUCCUGGGCCGACUUCGAAGAUGUUGCAGAUGAUUUUGACAUGCGGGAGUUGGGGCCUUUUUCCAUUUUGCCCUUCAUACAUGGAUCAAACUUAGGAACUCAAAAUGGGUUUACAACUAGAGAAUAUUUAUUAGAACAGUACACGUUUUGUUGUGCACAAAGCAGGCAAUCCAAUGCCACUGUACAUCAGUUUUAGUUGCUCGUCAUCAUGCCAUGACUUACAGAAUCGAAGCAAAGUUUAAUCCCGACUUAUUCUUUCUUUUCGAAAAAUUUUGAAUUUUUAGUUUAAAUUUUCAUGUUUCUAUAAAAUUUACACUUAAAUUUUGACA